UGACUUCCGCCGGAAGUGAAUGCGCGCUGCUGUGUGGUUCUGACCCGGGAAAUCUGACAUAACCUGCCGCCAUGUUCGGCUCGUCCCGGGGAGGCGCCCGCGGGGGCCAGGACCAGUUCAACUGGGAAGAUGUGAAGACGGAUAAACAGCGGGAGAACUACCUCGGGAACUCGCUGAUGGCGCCAGUCGGUCGCUGGCAGAAGGGACGAGACCUGACGUGGUACGCCAAGGGGAAGACGUCCGCGGAGGCGCCGAGCAGAGAGCAGGAGCUGGCGGCAGUGAAGCAAGCGGAGGAGGAAGCCAUGCUGGCCGCCCUAGGUUACAAGACGGUGAAGCGUCAGCCCAAGGGUCUCAGCAAGGAGGAGUUUGCGGAGGCUUGUAAGCGGGAAGGAUCGGAGAGGGAUGUGGACCGGGUGCUGGGCCUGGGGACCUCCAGUGUCUCUGCCGCCCGGGUGACGCUUUCCAAAGAAGACAAGGAUGCAGCAAAGAUGGGCUUCUCCAUCUUCACUCACCAGAAAACCGGAGAGCGGCAGAACGUUCCCACGGAGAAGCCAUUGGUAGAGAAGAGCGAGGAGGAGAAGACGUCAAGGUCGGAGGUCAGGAGGAAAGCGAAGAAGGAGAAGAAGAAGAAAAAAAAGAAAGAGAAGAAGAAAAAGCGACGGCGGGCGGACUCCUCAUCAGAUGAUGCAGCAGAGGAGAGGAGGAAGAGGACGGGCCCCUCCAAGCCUCAUCCAUCAUUGUCUCGGCGCCCUGGAGCCGGCAGAGCUGACAGCCAUUCAUCAGACCGGAGCCGCUCGCCCGGGCCCCGCAGCACACAUCGCCACCACAGCCAUUCUUCCAGUGACAGCUCUCCUCCCCGGCUGGCACGGCCCCCCGCCAAGGCAAGAAGGGGGAGGUCGCCGUCUCCGCGUGGGGCCAAACAACGGCACGACACAGACUCAGAUUGAUGGGAGCGCGUGGUAGGGCGAUCCACGGGGCGCCGCCUGUGUCACUCAGGGACAGCGCUGGCCAUGUAUGACUGAUGGGCCGGGAACGGUCAGCAGGGGCCGCACCAUCCAUGGGGGCUCUGGUUUUAUAGCAUAUUUUGAUUUAUUGGGGGAAAUUCCAUUGUAAAUACUCAGCGUUUUAUAUUAAUAAAGAAAACUUGCCCCCUC